CCAACUUCCCUCGUGGUGCCUGAUAACGGCAAGCACUUGACUGUCAUCUGAGCCUCUCUUUCGUUACUCUUAUCAUAAGCAUCAUCAGAUUAAAGAAGCAUCCGAUCAUCCCGUCCCCGCCAUCGGUCUUAUUCUCUAGACUUUCACUCCUCUUUCUUUCAUCUUACAAGCUCAUACUUUGGUGUCCGUACUGGUUCGACCGCAUUGCGCUCCGCUGUCUUCGAGUCGUACCGGCCUCGUUUGCUGUUUGUGGCUAUAUAUGUUCUGUCGGCCUUCUCGCGAAUGAACACGACUUAUUUAAUGCCCUUUAACAACAUCUCCCUUCCGCGACCAUCUCGACCCCGCCACGAAUACAACAUGUGGUCUAACCAAGCAAGCCGCUCCGUUCGGAAGUCCAGCGAUUACGACUUGGAAGACCUUUCUCCUCGCCCUGACGACCCCUUUUUGAACCAUGAUAUACCGCAAAAUCGCAAUCAGCCAGCGUUUCGACGGCGAACUUCCCCACCCCCAUCAUCUUCAGCCUUCAGCGACAAAGCAAGCACGACUGGGUCGAUAUCUAAGGACAAGAAAUCUCGUGUUUUGUUCGCCGGGCCGCCACCGCCCAUAUUCUCGACACAAAUCUUGCAGCGAGAGGGUAAGGAUCGUUACUCUACGCCAACGUCGCCGCUUGAAUUCGGAGUGUCUUCCAUCGCCCAGAAUAUCAACAGCGUCUUGUUCGAAAAGGGAGGUUCUACAGCGCGCAAUCGGGAUGAAGUCCGCUUCGAACAGGACACGUUCUGGCGCAACCUACAGCACCGCGAACGCUUGAUUCAGAAGGAAUUUCAAAACAUACUCGACGCCCAAGCUACAGGGCUGAUGGCGAACCUCAACCCAGAUGCUGCCCCAACUCCAUCAUCAAGCUCGAACAUCAGCGUUGCCGGAAGCACAUCAACUACUCGUCGGUCACAUGUUGUUUUUGAGCUACCCACCCGAACAACGGAAACCGGAGAGAUCAUUCCCGUUCGUCAACCGCGCCAGAAACCCCUGAAUUUGCGCGGGGCCAGAGCCGCCUUAGCCAGGACCAUGGCACUCGCUGCCGACCUCAAAAUUGAGGAGGAAGCAAACCUAGACUCGGCGCUCUUUUUACGGAAGAAGGCACUGUCAGAGCUGCGCAAGCUUUCAACGCAGCGGGAUGCAAUUGUGGGGGAAUUACGCACGUUGGAGGGCGAUGACGAGGAACCGCUUGCCCGUGAGCUGCGCGAGCUUGAUGAAGAGUACACCAAUGUUCGCGCGGAAAUAGCCGAGUUAGAGGAGCGGUUGGUGGGUUUGCGAAAGCGGAAACGCUGGCUUGAUGGACGGAGGCUGGACGUCAGAAAUCGUCGCGAGGCUGGCCUUAGUGGUUACAAAGGGGCCCUGAAGGAGGUGGAUGACAAAUUGGAGGACAUGUUGAUCAAACCCAGGGUGCUGCCUUUAGAUAUUGAGGCUGUGGUAGGGCCUGGUCAGAACGAGGGCAAUCUAGAGGUGGAGCAGCAGGCCCUGGUAGGGUUGGAGUUCAUGCGUCUACGACCGGAGCGACGGACCGCUGAUAUGGCGAAGGAUUGGUGGGAGAGUGAGAUUGCCCUUCUCGAGCGACGCAAAGAGGAAGUAAACAAGGAACGCUCAGCAUUGGAGGAGGGUGCUGAGGUCUGGAGGGAGGUUGUCAGGUUGGUAACAGCCUAUGAGGAAGAUUUGCGCAAAGAGAUUGCAAAGGCCAGCCGUGUUGAGCUUGGAGGCUUCAGCAGUGAUGGCGGCAAGGGCAAGGGCAAAGGAAAGGCCAUUGCCGAUGAUCAAGCAGCAAGCCCACUCGUGUUCUAUACAUCACAGCUCGACAAAAUCAUGAAAGUCAUGGGUGCGCUAGACGAAAAAUUCAACCUUGCAGAGGAGCACGGUUGGAGGUUGCUGUUAUGUGCUAUAGGUGCCGAGUUAGAGGCGUUCAAGCAGGCCAAAGAGAUGAUCCAAGACAUGCUGAUGGAGCAGGGGUAUGAGAUUGAAGAUGAGAAGGAAUACCAAGGGAGCAAUGGCAGUACUCCGCGAUUGGGAAGGUCGACGGCGACGGUCCUGCAAGACUCUACUGGAGCUUGGUCCACCAGCCAGCGACCAACCACCGCCACCGAUCAUAGUGUCGAUGAGGGUGACCAUGGAAGCGACGAUAACGCUCAUACUUAUGGCCGCAAUCACUUGGAUCUGGUGGAUCUCGAGGAUAACCCGCAUGAAGAGCAGCGCACGGAUCAUGACGAGAGUGACGACAAUGAAGUCCCUCCAGACUUGCUCGUCUCUAAUGUCGAUGACGACGAUCGAGAUGAACCUAGAGGGGGAGGAGGAGGAGGAGUGGGUCUCCAACGGGUUCCGCGACAAGGCCUGGAAUCCAGCAAGACGACGGACAGUGAGAAUGAUGUACCACCAGAGUUUUUGGCGCACCAUGGCGUUGACGACGUGGAAUAGUUGGCCCAACGGUUCGCAGGGCUUUCGGUUUUAAUGAGGUCGUACACAAAGCCGUUUCGAGUGGCACGAUGCAGUCCUUCCUUCCAGAGGUCUUGAUCAAGCGUGGAUGUUGGUUCUCUUGGGUUGAGCGGUCGUGCAUGGCUCAUCAGACAUUUAUCCGAUACCCAUAUUCACUUGGAUUAGUCGGUACCGUCAUGUCCUACUCAAAGCUUGAGCCCGCUACUAUUGUCUGGUCUGGCCUGCGAAAGUUGUCUCUUGCCUGCCCUCGAGCCCCGCGGUGAGCUACUAGCGGUUGCCAGCUCCUAGGUAGUAAGUCGAGGUUGCUUCGUUGUGUAUGGUCGCCUUCCGCCACUAGGCAGAUCUUUCCAUUCCGGUCCUGUAUGUCCCAGGCUGAGAUUCGCAGCUGACAUUACCUUGUCAAGCGACCUCAUUUCGAUAUCCUGGAGUUCUGCCUCCUCGGGCCUCCGCAUGGGCCUCCGCAUUCACUCCAAGCACCCAGUGCGGGGCCGCUUUCAUAUCUGGAUCUUCCCACAGGACAAAAAGCUCAUGCGAGACGCCUCACUAUCAAGCAUCCGCUGGCUUCAGUCAGACUUGCAGCCUCCUAACGGAGAUACAGUUUGGAAAUCUUGUGACACAAAGAUGGGUUAUGGUCAAUGUGGAUCGAUCUACCUUGGCAAUCUCCGUUCCAUUACCUGCAUGCGAGUACAACGCAUGGCCGUAUGAGUGGAUGAACACAAUGCGACAUAAAUGGACAUGAUUCCAAACCAAAUUUAAACCUGCUAACAUACAGUGAUGGGGGUUACGCCGGUGUCGGUCCAACAAGAGACAUAGCAAAGGCUAUUAGCCACACACACCGAUUGAAAUCCACGGCGGCAAACUUGGACUGGCUAGGGGUCAACUAACAGUGCGGUCCUUCUGCAUGACAAAGUAAUGGCAGCUGCACAAUACUUUUUAAGAAAAAGGUCUCGUUGAUGAAGGCGCGGGCUGAUGCGAGGGACUUCUGAUACGGAGCUGGUCCAACGUGUAACCCGGCUUUGUUUGGACCAAUGCCGUGCCCUUUUGCCGU